AUGGCUAAUAACAAACCUAAAACGACGCGUAUUGUCUGUAUUAGUGAUACACACUCACGGUAUGGUUUUACACUUCCAGCUGGCGACAUUCUUGUUCAUGCAGGUGAUUUUUCGAUGUCAGGUGAGCAAAGUGAAAUUGAAAAUUUCAUAACUUGCCUGAAAUCUCUUACUCAAUACCGACUGAAAGUGUUCAUUGCGGGUAAUCAUGAUAUAACUCUACAACCAGCUUUUUAUGAGAAAAAUUGGGAAAGAUGGCAUCGUGGUCGAAAACAAAAUUGGGAACUGAUUGGGCGGCUUGUACGUGAUUCGUCUCUGGCAGCCAACUAUGGGAUUAUUUAUCUGGAAGACCAACAAUUUAUUGACAAUGUCACCGGCCUAAAAUUUUAUGGCAGUCCUUAUCAACCAGAGUUUCAUAAUUGGGCCUUUAAUUUGCCAAUUAACAGUAUCGAAAUCAAAGAAGCAUGGUCCCGAAUUCCGAAUGAUGUCGAUGUUCUUUUGACACAUGGUCCGCCUACAAAUAUUCUGGAUGAAAAUAGUGCAGGCAUACAUGUUGGGUGUGCUCAAAUGCUUGCACGUAUCAUGUCUGUCAGACCUCGUUUACACGUUUUUGGACAUAUUCAUGAAUCAUAUGGACGACUAGAAAAUGGUUCAACCAUAUUUGUGAAUGCAUCAACUUGUAAUUUGAGCUAUCAACCUGUCCAAGCACCAAUCGUGAUCGAUUUAGAACUGAAGAGUAACCGAUGA